AGCCGCCGGUGGAGCGGGGUCUGGGCUCGGCGGGGAAGUCGCGGGAUGCAUCGGGCUGCACUCCGCCUCGACAAUAUCCUACCAGUCACCGGACCACUCGCCGCCGAGGCUAGAUUCUGGGGCUGCGGCAGGGCGCUGCGACUGUCCUACCUGCGCGGCGGAGGGCACGACCCGGACAUCCUGGACCGGCUACUCCAACUCCAGAUCGAGGCCAUGGAGCUGGAGAAUGGACCCACGAGGCUGCGUCGGGGAAAGAGGAUGGAGCCCCCUGGCACCGGCAUGCGGGGCCUGGAUGCGGCACUGCUGGCUGUGGAACUGGAAAACCGGCGGCUGGAAGAUGAAGUCCUGGCACUGAAGGUCAGGAGGGAGAGGAGAGUCGAUGCCGGCUCACGGGCAGCCCAGUGGCAUGCAGAGGAGCUGGCUCAGCUCCAGGCAGAGGUAGGGAUGCUGCGACGCCACACGGAGUGGAUGGGGCCACGGCUGCCCCCUGCCAUCCUCCCACCCCCGGUGGCCCCCCAACUCCUGCCAAACCUGGCCCCACCACAGCUUUUUACGGAGUCUGCUGGGCCAGCACCGGCAUCACGCAGCCCCGCAGCCCGCAGCCACCCUCCUCUCCCCUUCACCCUCCCACUGCCCCCCUUCGCAGCCCUGGAGGACCCCCCUCCCACUCGGGAGUCCCAGCUGUAACACAGACCUCAAAGGUCACUGCAUCAGGCACAUCCCCACAAGCCCUCUCAAGGGGAAGUCUGAUAAGGCAGUCAUAGCUCAGCCCUGGGAACCAGCAAAACCCACCCCUAUGUGGAAGGCUAUGUGCUACAUGUUUAAUAAACAUGCUUCAGCCUGUG